AAAACCAAAAACCUUAUUGGCAUCUUUUUAGAAAAUUUCAUUUAUAGCAAGUAGCUCUCCCACAAUGGGAUGAUUCUUGCUCUCUCUUUUUUCCUCUCACUCUCACUCACUCAUUCACUCUUUUUUCAUUAGCUAAAAAAAAGUUUUGCUAAUUAAUUAGCAACAACUUUUUUUUGUUUUUGUUUUUGUUUUUGUUUUGUAAGGAGGGGUGUUUAGAUAAGGUUUGUGAAGGAAAAAAUAAUCUUCUUGAAUUCAAUCCUUUUUUUUGUUUGUUUUUUGGGGUGAAUUCAAGAAAAAGAUAAAACGAAUUCAAGAAAGAUGUCAGCAGAACCUUCAUCAAUUAUGUUUCGAGCAAUGAGAGAAGAAGAAGAACAACAACAACACCAACACGAACUUCUUCUUCAUCAGCAACAACAACAACAACAUGGCGAACCGCCUUCUUCAUCAACAACUCAAUCUCAACAAGUACCAACAAAAAAGAGAAGAAAUCAGCCUGGAACACCAAGCAAAUCCAGAUGCAGAGAUAAUAGCUCUAUCUCCCAAGACCCUAAUGGCAACAAAUAGGUUUGUAUGUGAGGUAUGCAACAAAGGUUUCCAAAGGGAACAAAACUUACAACUACACAGAAGAGGACACAAUUUGCCUUGGAAGUUAAAACAAAAGAGUACAAAAGAGGUUAAGAGAAAAGUUUAUUUAUGCCCUGAGCCCACUUGUGUUCAUCAUGAACCUUCAAGAGCACUUGGAGAUCUUACUGGUAUUAAGAAACAUUAUUCAAGAAAACAUGGUGAAAAAAAAUAUAAGUGUGAAAAGUGUUCCAAGAAGUAUGCUGUCCAGUCUGAUUGGAAAGCUCAUACUAAGACUUGCGGUACACGCGAAUAUCGAUGUGAUUGUGGCACCCUUUUCUCAAGGCGUGAUAGUUUCAUCACCCAUAGAGCCUUUUGUGAUGCAUUGGCACAAGAAAGUGCAAGAAAUCCACCAAGCUUGAGCAGCAUUGGGAGUCAUUUAUAUGGAAGUAUUAACAACAAUAACAUGAGUUUAGGCGGCCUUUCGAAAUUAAAUUCUCAAAUUUCAAAUCAUCACGAUAUGCUUCACUUUGGAGGCAACAAUAACAACAACAUUAGUGGCGGGGCCCAUCACCACCAUCAUCACAAUCAGUUUGACAACAACAACAACCUCAUUGGUUCGUCAGCGUUUCGGUCUUCAUCUUCAUUUUUCCAACUACCAGCUGAUCAAACAAGUCAUCAGGAUUACGGGGAGAAUAAUAAUAAACCAUCAAAUAUCCAUGGUCUAAUGCAACUUCCCAAUCUCCACAACAACACGAAUGUUGCUACCGGUUCUUCUAGUAUGUUUAACCUAAAUUUCUUCCAGAAUAACCAUAAUAAUAAUAACAACAACAAUAACAACGUCGUUGAUAAUGCUCCUAAUAGCAAUAUUUCUGGAGGCCUUGGUGGAUUAUUACUUCCUAGUCCUCAUCAAUUUAGCAACAACAAUAGUGGUGAAGGUUCAAAUAAUUCAUCAAACAUUUUCUCAAGUGGUACCCUUCUAAGUGAUCAUCAACAUCAUCAUCAUAUGAGUUCAUCAAUUCCUUCUCUUUAUAAUGUCUCAUCAUCGCCGGCACCGCCUAUGUCCGCCACGGCGCUCCUCCAAAAAGCGGCUCAGAUGGGGUCUACUACAAGUUGUAACAAUAGUAGUACUAGUGCCUCCUUGAUCAAAGCAUUUGGUUCUGUUGUUGGUGUUGGUGGUUCGUCGUCUAGCACGACGAAAUCUGAUCUUCAUCCGCCGCCAGCUGUCAACUUUGGCAGCGUUUACGGCCACGAGGAUCCGAUGAGCGCCGGGAAUCAUCUUCAUGACCUAGUCGUUAAUGCUUAUGGUGCACACGAUCAGAAUCAAGACUAUGGAGGGGUGUUAGGAGGGUAUAACAACAACAAUAAGAUGAAUAGUUAUGAUCAGCCACCACCACAAAAGAAGCAAAUGAUUAGUAAUAACUUUUCAAUGGACAUUGGAAUGAGUGAAGAAGCUAAUAGGUUGACAAGAGAUUUUCUUGGAGUUGGUGAAAUUGUAAGGAGUAUGAGUAAUGGUGGAGGAGGAUUUAGCAACAGCCAGCAGCAAAUGAGUUCAUUGGAUAAUAAUAAUAACAAUUCUGAGAGUAGAAAAACUCAAAGUCGUCAUCAUCAACCUUUUGGAGGUGGCAAUUUUCAAUGAGUAAAUACAAAGUUAGGGGAGAAGAAAAAAAGAGAUAUAUGCACCAAAAAGUACAGGGAUCCAAGAACAUGUUUUAUAAUGGAGCACAUAGCUGUAGAUUAAUGAAGAAGUUCUCUUGAAGAUUUUAGCUGGAAUUUAGAAAUACCUUUAUUUCUGGAGAUAAAAGUUUAG